CUUGGCACAUUAUCCUCAAUCUCGCAUUUAUAUUUUGCUUUAUACUUGAUGGUUUGUAACAUAACUACUAGUGUUUCCGCGAGGCAUUUUGCCGAGCGCUUAUUAUCGGAGGUCCCUCUCAAGGGCUCUGAUGAUUCUUGCGAUAAGGAGCCAUGUUCGGAUGAUCAUAGUUCCAACUGUGGCACUCAUGGCUCAUUCCCUCCUGGUUUUGGUCAUGACAACUCUGCUGAACGUGAGCUUUUUGAGCGUGAUAUUUCAGACAAGUAUCGGGGAUGCCAGCUGUUACGUGAAGAGGGUAAAGCUGCUUAUACUUCUGGCAACUACAAAUUGGCAUCGAACUUCUACGAUAAGAUUUUGAUACAACUGGAUUACACAUUUACUGAUGACCCUGAGUGGAAAGCGAAAUUUCGGGAGAUUGAGACAAGUUCGCACAUGAAUUUGGGUCUUUGUCGAUUCCGUUUGAAGGAAUAUCGCCAGGCUAUUUUUCAUUGUAAUCGGGUAUUGUCUUUCAGCGAGAACCACGUAAAGGCUUUAAUACGGCGUGGUCUUUGUUAUAUGCAUCUCUCUGAAUAUUCCAAGGCUGCAGAGGAUUUCAAAAAGGUCUUGGAAAUUGAAGAUGACAAUUGCACUGCACGUGAGCAGCUAAUUGCCAUAGACAAGCUCCGUCAAAGUGAUGCCCAUAGCGAAAGAUCACUAUACACCGCCAUGCUAGGUGUGAAAGACGAUGCUGGUCAUAUUUCCAAGUAGACCUAGAGGCAUUCUUCCAACGUUGUAGACAGGGAUAACAUUAUUGACAAUAAACUG